CUGCGCUAUUCGCCGUCGUAGCUUCCCGUCCCACUGUCGCACCUUCCGGAGCCUCCCUACUGAGAUAUGAGAAGAGCCGUCACUUCCUCACUCGGCUCGCCAUGAACACGCAGACGCUCAUUAUCUCUGUCUCCCCGCAGGCGCGGACCUCGUACCUUGCGCUUGCCAGCAUCGGCCGGCGCUCGUUGUCCACGACAGCUUCGCAGCAGUCGUCCGGUCAGUAUCAUCGCUCUGACUUCAUGGGUCAGGGUUUUACUGGAAUAUACGAGCCCGGUCAGCCGACAAAGGGUCCAUUGGGAGGCGCAAGCAUCGUGGGUGCGCCCCGGGUUACUCCCAAGGCACUGAAACACCAUUUGGACCAGUUUGUCGUCGGCCAGGAGCGCGCAAAGAAAGUGCUGAGCGUAGCUGUCUACAACCACUACCAGAGGAUACAGGAGCUCCAGAGACAGGAAGAUGAGCAGCUUGAGCUUGAGGCGCAGGAGCAGCGCAGGGAGAUGAGCCAUCGACAUCCUGUAGAAGAUGAGUUUCCGGGCCAGCAACCAGCCUUGAAAGUGAAUCCUCCCCAAUCUCCAUCACAGACACCUCCUGUUUCCAAUUCCUCGCUAGAAACUCCGCCAAUACUAGACUGCACUCCCUUACAAAUUGAGAAAUCCAAUGUCCUCCUUCUUGGGCCUUCAGGGGUGGGGAAGACGCUCAUGGCCAAGACUCUCGCUCGUGUCUUGGACGUGCCCUUCAGCAUGUCGGAUUGCACACCUUUCACCCAGGCUGGAUAUAUUGGCGAAGACGCCGAAAUGUGCGUUCAAAGGCUCCUCGCUGCCGCUAACUACGAUGUGACUGCUGCAGAGCAAGGCAUCAUCUGCCUUGAUGAGAUCGACAAGAUUGCCACAGCAAAGGUCGCACAUGGCAAAGAUGUCAGUGGAGAGGGUGUGCAGCAAGCACUACUGAAGAUCAUCGAAGGCACGACAUUGCAGAUUCAGGCGAAACCAGAGAGGGGAGGUAGUGGUCGAAGCCCUGGGAGCGUGCCUGGAAACACGGGCGGAUUCCCCUCAAGCAACCCAUUAGAUGGGCCGAGAGGUCCUGGAUCAGGUGCCGGUCCUCCGAACCUACCUGGCAGCAAAGGUGAGGUAUUCAAUGUCCGCACGGACAACAUUCUCUUCAUAUGCACUGGUGCAUUCGUCGGGCUCCACAGGAUGAUUCUAGACCGGAUAUCGAAAGGAAGCAUUGGGUUCGGAGCUCCAGUCCGAGCCUCCAACCCGGAGUCGGGGGCACACGAGACGAUGUUAAAAGGCGAGGAUGCUCUUUUCAAGAAGCAUUUACCAUUCUUUGUCUUCCCUGAACAACCAGCUCCUUCUAACCCCUUCGCUCCCCAACAAUCAAAAUCCCAACAGCAAACAUACAACACCCUAGAUCUAGUCGAACCCUCAGACUUGCAAAGGUACGGCAUGAUUCCCGAACUUGUCGGUCGUAUACCAAUCUCCUGUGCUCUAUCCGCGCUCGACGAGGAAGCACUAGUCCGUGUUCUCACGGAACCAAGAAACAGUCUACUUAGGCAAUACGAGCAGCUCUUCCAGCUUUCAGGUAUUGAACUCCGCUUUACAAGUGGCGCGCUUCGGGAAGUGGCGAAAAGCGCUGGCGGCAUGGGAACUGGAGCUCGUGGGCUUCGAACAGUGCUUGAACGGCUGCUUGGCGAAAGCAUGUUCGAAACUCCUGGCUCCCACAUCAAACACAUUCUCAUAACCCAAGAUGUCGCCACACUCAAAUCCGCACCUCUGUACUUCCAUCGCGGACAAUCUCAUAACUUCCACGCCACCAUUGCCCAGGAAGAAGAAAAGUGGGAAGUCGAGCUAACGACAAAAGAGACGCCGUCAGGGGCCAACAGUUUUGAGGAGUAUAGGAGGAAAGGACUAGUCGCUGGAGCCGGUGGGUUUAUGUGAUAAUCCCUUGCUCUAAUAAAUGCACACCUACUCUCUCCCGAUUCCUGUGCGAGGAGAUUCUUGGAGCUACUGUGACCAGCUAGUGUGGUGGUGGAUAAAACUUCAAAUUUCUAAGUUGUAUACAUAAAUAUAUAGCUAUAAGUGUUAUAUAUGUAUUAAACUUUUUG